AUGCCGUUACAAGUGGGCGGAGGGAGGGUUGUGCGAGGGAGCGGGAGGACGCGGGCGAUGGGGAGGAGCGGUGGCGCGGGGGUGGUUGGGCGACUGGCGGUGAUGGGCGUGGUGGCGGUGAUGGCGAUGGUGGGGAGCGACGAGGGCCUCACGAAGGGCGGUUGGGCGCAGCGCUGCUUCUGGCGCAGCAGCGGCUGCAGCCGUGGCUUCCUCCCCAUCAUGAUGGCGCAUGCUGCUACUCUUCACCCCAGCCAGUGGCCGGGGCUGCGAGACAUGAAGGCGCAGUGGGGCAGUCAGAUACCGAGCAUCACCAACACCUGGGUGCAGAACGGUGACUGCUCAAAUUUUGAUGGUGUCAACUGCAAUGGUGCUGGAUUCGUGACAACCAUAGGUUUAACGUACAACCAUCUAACAGGCUCCCUUCCUGACACUAUUGGAGUCUUCAGCCGCCUUGAAUACUUCUACAUAGACCAAAACUCUCUAUCAGGCUCACUCCCAUCUUCCAUCUCCAACCUCGUUGUUCUGAAGGAAUUCGAUGCCAGGCUUAACCAGCUCAGUGGAUCCCUGCCUGAGGGCAUCGGUGCUCUCACUGCCCUGCAACAACUGUAUUUGCUCAACAACCAAUUGGAAGGGUCGAUCCCAUCGUCCUUCAGCCAGCUAACCUCGCUAACCAUGUGUGAGCUCUCAAACAAUCACAUCUCAGGAAGCCUACCAGCGGGGCUGGGUAGUGCCUCCAAACUACUCGCUCUGCGUGCCUCCAACAACCUCAUAUCGGGCUCCCUGCCUGCCUCUGUAACAGCCAUGACUAACCUCCGUUUCAUAGACAUGCGGAACAAUAGCCUGAGUGGGCCCAUCCCAUCCGACAUAGGCUCCAUUCACACACUAGAAGAGAUUAACCUCAGAGAUAACCAGCUGUCGGGAACAAUCCCUUCAACCAUCGGAAACCUCUUCCAGCUGUACUCGUUAGAUAUCAGUAACAAUGAGAUUUCUGGCUCUAUACCGGACGACAUAACAGGCCUAAUCUACCUCACACUGCUGGACAUGAGUUCAAACAGUCUAACUGGCAGCAUACCGCAAGGGGUUUCUAAUCUUGAAAAACUCCAAGUUCUCAACCUGAGGGACAAUCAGCUGACAGGGAAGGUGGUGGAGCCGGUGCCACCAGCAGUGAGGGUGUACAAGCUGGACCACAACUACCUCACUCAGGGAUUCUCCUCUCCCCCGCCUUGCAAGCAAGGCUACAUCACCUUCAGCAGCAACUGCGCGGCCACGCCAGCACAGGGCCUAGCAUGUGUGGACGAGACUCAGAGGGCUGAGGAGGUGUGCUCUGCCUUUUGUGGUCUCUCUCCCACCGAUCCGGCUUGCAACGGCCAUGGCGUGUGCUUCUUGGACGGCCCCAGCAACACGCCCACAUGCCUUUGUAACGAUAACUUCGUGAUUGGGGAGUUCCCUGGCAGCUGCGUGCCUGUGGCAGGUGGCACGACGGAGCAGCAGCAGACGCCCACAGCAGCCACGCUCACAGCCACUGGCGACGCCUCAGUGGAUGCUGCAACAGCCACGCUAACUCUCACGCCCGCCCAGCCGUCCAAGGCUGGCAGUGUGUUCCUGGCAGCGCGCGUGCCGCUCUUCUCCUACCAGCUCAUCAGGGACUCCUGCGGCCGCCAGCUCGCCUUCUCCUCCUCCUUCUCCUUCACUCUCACCCGCCCUGCUGCCUCUGGCUCCGAAGGCUUUGCCUUUGUGGUGGCCUUUGAUGCCACCCCGCCCACAACACCGGUGGCGGGCGGCAUGGGGUAUGCGGGGAUGGGAGCGCGCAGCGUGGCAGUGGAGUUUGACACGUCGAUGGAUGCGGGCAACAGCGACCCUGACAGCAACCACGUGGGCAUCAACACCGGCGGCAGUGUCACGUCGGUGGUCACAGCCAAUAUGAGCACCCCUCUAAAUGACGGCACGCCCAAGCACGUGUGGAUCGAAUACAGCCCUUUAUCCGAUGGCUCCCUGCGCGUCUUCCUCUCCUCCCAGGCGUCCCCUCGCCCCACCACCCCCCUCCUGUCAGCACGCAUCUCCCUGUGUGAGGAGCUCGCCCCCUCCCCAUCGGAGUACACCUUUGCCAUCGGCUUCACUGCUGCCUCCGCCACCCAGCCUCAAAGCCAUGUCGUCUCCGCCUGGACCCUCUCCACCUAUUUUUCUGCCCAGCCAACACCAGGCGACUGCUGGGCGUACGCAGUGGUGGGCAGCAUCGAGGCGGCGUACGGCAUUAUGGCCAACCUUGCAGCGGCGCCGGUGCUGUCAGUGGAGCAGCUGAAGGCCGCCAUGAAGGUCGGCUGCUCUGGCAGCACGCCCUCUCAGGCCUUCCAGCUGCUGCUCAAGCUCGCACGCAAGGGAGGUGGGCUCGUGUUGGAGGGCCAGUGGCGAGCCGAGAAAGGCAAGGCGCCCGUGAAAGCAGGCAGCAGCAGUCCGCUCUGUGCACCGCUCAUGAAGCCACUGGCGAAGCUGUUUGGUGUGGCGUGCGGGAAGGGUAGUGACACCACACAUCUCCCCAAAGCGUUCCCCAUCAGCGGCUUUGAGUCGACGUCCUUCUACGGCUGGUUUGGGCUGCUGCUGGCCGUGCAGCGGCAGCCAGUGGUGGUGCACAUUGAGGCUUCCACCAACACGUUCAAGAGCUAUGAUGGGCUGUCCAAGUACCAGGACCCAGCGUGCUUCACGUACAACCUGAACCACGUGGUGCUGCUGGUGGGGUACCGCCUGGUGGGCAAGGACUCGCGCUUCCCCCACAUGGCGCCGCCCUUCUGGAUCAUCCGCAACUCAUGGGGGCCUGACUGGGGCGAUGGGGGCCACAUGCGCAUGGACAUCCAGGGGGGGGAUGGCGUGUGCGGCAUCAACUCGCUGCCAGGCCUCUACCCCGUGGUCAGAGUGUCUUCUGAUCCCUGCUACAAAGCUGCACGCAGAGAUACCUUUGGGUCCCUCUUCAAUCCCUGUGGCAAGUUCAACUGCACUGUGAAGGGCAAGACAAACGAGUGUGACUGCAACGACCCACGCUUCAUCCAAGCAACCAACGCCGAUGGCUCUCGCACAUGCGCCUACAAGGAUGCAUGCAAGGCAGCCAAGCGCAACCCAUGUGCGGUGGGAACGUGUGUGAAUGACGGGGCAGGAUCGUACUCGUGUGUGUGUCCACCGGGCUUCAGGCAGGGCACCACCGUCGAUGGCACCUUCUCCUGUGCUCCAGGUGACACUCGCUCACAGUACACGGUCAUGGCGCCCAACCUUUUCUGCUCAGACGUCUAUCCGCCCUUUGGCCUCUCGCUUCAGACAUUCAGUCAGCUCAAUCCGGCGGUGGAUUGCAACUUGCCUCUGCGUGUAGGCACGGUGCUCUCUGUUGUUCCAAAUUCCCAACUUGUCCCCUGCUCCGUCUUCUACACCACUGCAGAGGGCGACACAUGCCAGUCUAUCGGAGAAUACUUCAGCCUCAACAACUGCCCCCGCGGUGACCCUGCCUGCGCGUCAGCCUUUCAGGCCCUCAACCCCGGGCUCUCCUGCUCCCUCAACAGCGGCCAGCUGCAGCCCAACCAGGCGGUGUGUGUGGAGCGACGAGCCGCAUCAGCAGCAGAGCAGGUCAUCCCGGUGUGCUCGCAGUACUACCUGGUGCAGAGCGGUGAGACGUGCGACUCCAUCCGCAACGUGCCCACCCCGGCACUCUCCCCGCUUGACUUCUUCCGUUUCAACCCCGGCAUCAAGUGCAACCGCCUCGUACCAGACACCACCCUGGACUUGCACACGGGGUUUGAGGCGUGCAUACAAGUCUCUGGUCAGUACACCGUUGGAGUUUGUCCAAGGAGCACAGCGUACGUGGCAGGUGCGGACGACCGCUGCAGCUCCAUCCAGAUCAGGUUCUUCAAGGGCAAUCGAGGAUGUUACAAGCGCAUCAACGGAUAUGAAUGCCUCGAUAAAAUAUCCUCAGGGAGUAGAAUCUGCCUGCCAGACCAGACCAGAAUUCGCCAAGGACUUUGCACAGUUUAA